AUGCAAACUUGUUUGAUUUGACUAUGACGGUAAGUGAUAGUGACAGAGAUUAUCAAGGAUUUAUCAGACUUGUUUGGUCAUUGCGGGUGACUGGAUGUACCUUUAUUCUGUGAGGAGCCCGCUGGUGCCAUGUGAAAGACUGCAGACCAUGAAGCCCACACACAAGCUGCUGUUCUUCCUGUGCCCCAUGCUGGUCCUGGUCUUCAUCUACUAUUCGUCCGGGAGGCUGCACCUGCCCGUGUGGGGGCAGAAAUCUCAGAUGAGGGAGGCAGAGCUUACAACUGCUUCCACUCCCGCUACUACUACUACUACUACAGUUUAUACCACUAAACGCAAAGAAGUCAAACCAAUAGCAGCAAGAGCCAGACCCCUUACAGAGAUGGAGACGGACACCACCGCGGGACGAAUAGUAGACUCAGUGUAUGAUAAACAGGGCUUUCUAAAGGAGCUCGACACCAAACUGCCGGUGGAGCUGAUGUACAAGUACGGGAACCUGAGUGAUGGAGCGUGUAAGCCGGGAUACGCAGCAGCCAAAAUGAGCACCAUCUACCCCAAAUUUGUGAAGCCAGCGCCCAUGUUUCUCGACCGGAACUUCAAAAAGCUCGGGAAAGUCACCAAUUAUCUGCCUCCAUUUGGAUUUAAAACUCAAGAGAGAAUAAUAGACAGCAUUUUAACGGAAACCAAGAAGUACGGGCUGGGAGAUCCUCUGGACAGCUUGAACUGUAGAUGCAUCAUUGUGGGAAACGGCGGGAUCCUCGCCAACAAGUCCCUGGGCUCCAAAAUAGACAAUUAUGACGUGGUGGUCAGGCUAAAUGAAGCCCCGGUGAAAGGUUACAGUAACGACGUAGGGACCAAAACCACCAUGAGGAUCACCUACCCAGAGGGAGCCAUCCAGAAGCCCGAGAACUACGAGAAAGGCUCCUCCCUCUUCGUGUUCUCCGCCUUCAAACCUCUGGACUUCAAAUGGCUCCGACACAUGGUCUUCAAGGAGAAACUGAGGGGAGUGGAGGGCUUCUGGAAGUCCGUGGCCCACGCCGUGCCCCGGGAGCCCAGUGAGAUGAGGAUUCUCAACCCGUACUUCAUUCAAGAGGCAGCCUUCCAGUUCAUCGGGCUGCCCUUCAACAACGGCCUCAUGGGCAAAGGGAACAUUCCGACGCUGGGGACGGUUGCUAUAACGAUGGCGCUCCACAACUGCGACGAGGUGGCGGUGGCGGGCUUCGGCUACGACAUGAGCAUGCCCCACGCGCCCCUGCACUACUACGAGACCGUCAAGAUGUCCGCCAUUAAAGAGUCUUGGACACACAACAUAUCCAAGGAGAAAGAGUUCCUGCGCAAACUGGUGAAGGCCAACGUCAUCACAGACCUGACCAGGGGCAUCUGACGCAACGUCGGUGUGCGCACGCUUCCCUCUCUCUCCCGCGACAACCUUUUCCCAGAACACGGACACGCCCGACGGCAUGCUGGGAAAUCCGAAAUGGCGGAGGAGGAGGUCGGACGGGACUCCCUACUCACUCACUCACUGCCGGGAGAGUUCAUAUCGUAGGAGAUUCUGACGUAUGUACUGGUGCCUUCACAACCAAAGACUGUGCUGGGAGUCUUGGAGGAUUCAGUUGGAGCUUGGUGGUUUUUCCCUGCGACCGAAGGAAGAACAUGGAAUUUUUCUGGAAUUUUACGCCAGAUCGGACAGCUUGGCAGGGCAUGACUGGAGUUUUCGCAGUGCCAAAUCGUACCUCGGAACAAAGGAGGGGUCUGGUCCUCUCUUUUGGCUGCCUGAAUGUAUUCCUGUAAAUAUCAAAGGUUUUUACUGUGCUUUGAGACGAGCUGCAGCAAAAGCGACACAUAUUCACAGUCCCAGUCACUAACACGCCGUAGUAGACGUUGUACUGCCUAUCCAGGGUUUAACAGACAAAGCUUCGAAUCAAAAUCAAAAUCAAAAAAUGAUCAGCCAAAAUGCAUUCUUAGCUCUUUCAGUGUGAUUGUAUUACAAAAGCAACAUCUGAUUUGGAUUUUCUAGAGAUUAAAAAUUCAAACUACUUCAAAAUACUUAUCAUAGAAUAUCACGUAAUAUUCUCAUUACACAUAUACUGAGUCAUCAAAGGGCUACUUGUAUCAGUAUCAUACGUAUCCGGAACUUUCCUUGUAUCUCAAAUUCCCAAAAAUGAAGAAAUUGGAACAUUUUCAGUUACUGUUUACAUCGAUAUUAGAGUUUCAAUUAUUUAUGAUCAAGUAUUAUUUUGAAAACAGCUCUAGACCCUGUUAAAAAAUUAUAAACAAAUAUAUUAGAAAUUCUGGAAUGAAGGCAAAAUUGAAAUUUAAUAUAAUGAAAUGAAAUGAAGUUAAGAUUAGAAUUAGAAUCUGCGUUUUGGUGUAUAAAAAUAGACAUAAACAAAACUCUGUUUUCAGGUCCAUGUUAUCAAAAGUAUAAAAAAAAGUACAAUAAAUACUUUAAAAUUAUACAGCAAGUGCAGUUUUUAAAGUAGCAACAGAAAAUAACAAAAUACUGAAAAUCAAAAAAAGGUUUAGCAAAUGAAAACUACUCGGAUACACGAAAGACAAUCUAAUGCAGUGGAAUAGGACAGACGUUUUUGUCAUUUUUGUUUUUAAGUUUUGUUUUUAAGUUUCGCUUGGCAAAUACCGACUGAAAUGUUGACCCCACAAUAGUUUUAUACUUCCAACAAAUACAUUACGUAAUUAACCACAAAUUGUACUUUUCGUUAAGCACCAAUAACAAACAAGAGGUUAGAAAACCGCAAAGCAAACGAACUGACAUUUCUAUCGUGGAAAUUCAAAAUGAUCGUUCAUGUUUAGUUAAAAAAGAAAAACUUAAAAUCUUAUAUCAUUUAGACUUGAUGUCAGUGAAUGUUUUGAAAUUUUUCUUUUUGCCUCCAUUUCAGAAUUUCGAAUAUUCUUCAGACAUUGCAUUUUAAGAUUUUGACGACUUUGCUAUUACUGAAAAUACUUCGACACACAAAAGUUACAUAAAUAUUGACAAAAAAAAUGACACAAAACUAUGCAUUAUUCACCUUAAAAUUUGAAGAAGUGUCCAGGAGCAAUGAGGCCCUAAAAGUAGCGCUGUAAAUGUAGCCAACUGUGUAUUUAAAGUACAACAUGCAAAGACGUAUAUAAUGCCACCCUAUGUAACAUUUAGGACGAUAAGUCUAAUGUAAAUAUGUUUUGUACGACUUUAAAGGCGCUGUACCUGAUUUAUUUUUUUUUCCCGUCUUAAAAUCUCAAAAAUCAGAACUAGUUUUGUCGUUGUUGCUGUUUAUCUCUUACCUUACGCAUUCAGAGUACCGAAAUACUCACCUAGAUGAGUUUGUAAGUGCUUUUCACCAACAACUAGCAUCCUAACGUGCACUUCCUGGUCAUGAGGCAAGUAAAUGCAUUAAUCAGAUGCAGAGCGUUCACUUUGGACUUAUUUUGACCUCAAGAGCCGCUUAUAUAAUGCGGUAAGACGAGUUUUGCUUAAUUAUACGGGGGUCAAAAGUCAGGUACAGCUCUUUUAAUAACAGCCAGCAUUGCUCCUGGUCGCUUCUUCAAACCGAUAUCCAAAAAAACAUUUCAAAUUUUUGAUCAAACUUUAGAAAGAAGUGAAAUGUACAGAAGCUGAGAGGGGUCACAACAAACGCAAACGCCGCAACAAAUACAAAUGCCACAAUACAUUAAUAAGCCACAACAAACCAAAAAAAGCCACAACGGAAAUGACCGGACUCUAUUUUAAUGCAAACGCCGCAACAAAUACAAAUGCCACAAUACAUUAAUAAGCCACAACAAACCAAAAAAGCCACAACGGAAAUGACAGGACUCUAUUUUAAUGCAAACGCCGCAACAAAUACAAAUGCCACAACACAAACACAAAAGCCACAACACAUUAAAAAGCCACAACACAUCAAAAAGCCACAACGAAAGUGACAGUUGGACUCUAUUUUCCGAUGGACCGAUCAAGUGACAAGUGAAGAAGAAGAACUACAAUGUGAAACGAAUAAUGAUAAAACAAUAAAUUACUUUUACUUACGUUUCCAACUUCUCCGUUCCUUUACUUUUCACAUUGUAGUUGUUCUUCUUCACUUGCCGCUUGAUCAGUUCGUUGGAAAAUAGAGUCCCGCGGUCACUUCUAUUGUGGCUUUUUAAUGUGUUGUGGCUUUUUAAUGUGUUGUGGCUUUUGUGUUUGUGUUGUGGUGUUUGUAUUUGUUGCGGCGUUUGCAUUAAAAUAGCCCCGCGGUCAUUUCCGUUGUGGCUUUUUUUCAAUCAAUCAAUCAAUCAAACUUUAUUUGUAUAGCACUUUUCAUACAUUUAAAAUGUAGCACAAAGUGCUUCACAUGCAACAGAAAAAUUACAAUACAAUAAUUAAAAUCAAGAGCAACCCCCCCAUCCCUUUGUUUCAUCCAUAUAUACAACCAUUUAAACAUAAACAUAAAAACAAAAACAUAAAGGUUAUUAUAAAAAUCAAAGUGCAGAGACUUCAGCACUGGGGUGAUGUGCUCUCGCUUCCUGGUCCUUGUCAGCAGUCGUGCUUUUUUGGUGUGUUGUGGCUUUUUGUUGCAUUUGUAUUUGUCGCGGCGUUUGCGUUUGUUGUGACCCUCUCAGCUUCCGUAGAAGUGACAUGUUGCUUGUGUAUGAUUCUGUAUUGUAACAUAAAGCUUCUAGUGUGCAUUUCGGCUGAGCAAGUCUGAUUACAACCAAAUGAAAUAAGCUUUUUCAAUUUAAUUUAAUUUGCUAUCACACUAACAGUAUUUAAAAAAAAACGCUAAGUAUAUCGUAUUUAUAUAAUUUGGAUUUCUCUUAAAUUAUUUUGGUCAUUUUCCAAUCGGUCAAAGUGUCUUCCCUCUCACGGUACAGGCGUUCAUAUCUCCCUGUUUUUGCUGCAGGCGUUGUUUUCUUCAGCUAUCAACAAAAAAAAACAACUUUGGAUUGUAGAAUAUAUAAAUAAGAAUAUUUUUGUUCUUAGUUUUGAUUUUAAUUAUUUAUUUUGCUACAAAGUCAAUUGGUUUUUCUGGUCUCAGGCAGACCCUCUCAACAUGCCUCUGUGUUGUAAUGUCGUGCUUCCUCUCUGAAUGCAUGGGCCUCUUCAGUUACUUACGAUGUCGACGAAAUGAGUUUGAGUUGGAUUUAAAGAUGCACUGCGGAAAUUUUCUGAUGGACGGUACGGUACACCAGCUGCUCGUCUCCGUGGAGAUGUUCUCGCGUUGCCUGGAAUGUUCCACACUAUCUCACAUUUAUUCACUUACGAUUUUCAUGCUUAAAAAUACAAAAACAUUCAUUCUUACUGUGAGCGGAGGCGCCUCUUCACAGAUCUGACCUGUAACUUGGUCUAAUGACGUCACCUGCUUGUUUUCACAUCACUUGAAUGUUCCACACUACAGCAUUAAACGUGUCAAUCUUGCGUUUAUUCGUAUGCGAUUUUCAUAUUUCGCAUUUCAGAAACAUUCAUGGAGACUAAAAGCGGAGGCGCCUCUUCACAGAUCUGACCUGUAAGUUAUUGUAAUGACAUCACCUGCUUGUUGCCGUGGAGACGUUAUCGCAUCGCCUCCACACUAUAGCAUUAAACGUGUCAAUCUUGCGUUUAUUCGAUUGUAAUUAUCAUGUUUCACAAUUCAAAAACAUUCAUGGUGUUGGCGCCUCUUCACAGAUCUGACCUGUAACUUGGUCUAAUGGCGUCACCUGCUUGUCUCUAUGGAGCUGGACAAGUUUAAUGUCAUACUGUGGAACUUUACAGCCAAAGCAACAACAUCUCCAUGGAGACGAGCGAUGGCCAAACCUCCGCUGCUUUUCUUCAUGGAGACGUUAUUACUUUGUCUGGAAUGUUUCACAGUAUGGCAUUAAACCUUUCUAUCUUCAUGGAGACCAAACCAGACCAAGUUACAGGUCAGAUCUGUGUAGUGGCGAAUGAAUGUCUGUUUUUCUAGAUAUUUUUGAGCUGUAAAACCACCUGUAAGUGAAUAAAUGUAACUAGAGCUGUUUAAUGUCACACUGUGGAACUUUCGAGCCAAAGCAACGACAUCUCCAUGGAGACGAGCAGAUGGCCGAACCUCCGCCAGAAACGUAACACGGUGCAUCUUUAAGUCUUCCCUGUUGUCAUGGCGUCUGUUUUUGUUGUGUGACAUUUGAGUUGUUAAAAGGAUGAGUUUGUGUUGUGUGGGUUAGGACAUGGUUGAAGAUGCUGUAUCACAUUUUGAACCAUGAACCAUUUGAGCUGUUACACCAGAGAAACUUGGACAGAGAAAUAACUGGAGUCUGGGCAGUUAUUUCCACCUGGUUUUCAUUUUCAUCCAGUGGUCCAACUACUAUAAUUAAAAUGGUAGUAAAAAAACAUGACUGGUCCAUUAUGUAAGAGUGUUCUGAUCAUUGGAAUCAUAAACUGGUCUAACACACGACAAACGAUCACAAAGAACGCAACACUGGCCACGUUUACAUGAUGGAUUUUAAUUCCAAAUUCAUUGUUCUAAAUUAAAUAGUUUGGAAUUAAAAUAUUCUCCUUCGAGUUUAGAUGGAAAUAAUAAUUCCAAAUUGAGAAAAACAUGUUAAAUCACCUUUAUAUAAUUCUGCUCAACAUCUUUUCCGGUUUGUCGUUACGCCACGGACACAAACAUGAUCCAAACUUUUUCCGCAGUGGUUCCGAUGAUAAUUGCGAAGCAGCAGCUGGAGAAUUGUCUCCUCACACUUUACGUCUGUGUCAGGAAGAGUGUCAGAGAAGGAGGAAGAAGACAAAGUGAGUGUGAGGCUGUUCUACCUCAGCCCACUCCCACAUCCCGCUCACAAAUCCAAAGAGACGUGGAUCAAAGUCCAAAGUCAGGACUGGUGGAGCCGGAUCAUGUGGAUCAUGUCAGAAGGACGACACAACGAGCAUGUGCCAAAGCAUCGACAUUAUUUUUAACAAGACUAAACGUGAAACAUGAUCCAGGAAUAAAUUAAUUCUGCUUUAAAUUCGUAAUAAACCAUCUACUUACUUGGCGAGGAGAAAUUUGGUUGAAGACGUUUCGCAGCUGAACCAAGCUGCUUCUUCAGUUCUGGUCAGAGCAGAGAAGCAGCUUGGUUGAGCUGUGAAACGUCUUCAACCAAACUAACUUUUGUCCAGUCGACAAACUGAAUUUUCUCCUCGUCAUGGAUUCUACCUGGACGACCGAGGGUUUCUUCACACACCUACUUACUUCUGAAUCAAGUUUAAUUCCGAAGAAUCACUUUCAUUAGGAAUUAAGUGUUUCAGCGAAAUUCAUUUUUAUUCAGAAUUAUAUUAUUUUUAUUCGGAAUUAAAGCUCUCAUGUAAACGUGGCAAGUAUCAAAUCAAGUAUCAUCAGGAAUUAAAGAGAAGUAAGUUUUCAUUAAUUAUAACACACUUUAUUCAUAAAUAUUCUCUAUUUAGAAGUCACUAUACUUUCAAAUUUUCAACUAUUUGGUUUAAAACAGGUGUUCAAAACUCAGUCUCAUUGUACAAGAAGAAACAUCAUUUGACCAGAAGCUAAAAUGUGUUUAAUCAUCUGCUAAAAUACCAGAUCAAAUAGUUGGGCUUGGUUGAUGUUUGGUUCUCUUCUAGUUAAAGUGGUGGUUUAAACGGUCGGGUACAGAACCUUUAAGAAAACCUCUGAUUUUUGCCGUGCUUUGAGUUUGUUCUCUUCUGUUCUGUCAAAUACAGUUUUCUUCAGUAUUACGCUUUCACCAUCUAGCGAAUUUUUUUAUUUCACUAUCACGUCUGAAAGCGAGAUAUCAGGUUAGUUUUACCGAUCUGAUAUUGUGUCUCUGAGCAAGACACUUCAAACUUUACAAAAAAAACAAAAAACCAAAAGACCAAAAGUAGAAACCUGUAAAAGUCGCUCUACGUAACAUUUCUAGUCACUUGCUUUGUCCAUGGAGAUGUUUUCUCAUUUUGCCUGGAAUGUUCCGCAGUAUGACAUUGUGUAACAUCUCCAUGGAGACGAGCAGAAAAGUUACGCACUGUGUCUUUUACUUGGCUAUACACAGGAAGAACUGUUACGGAAGAAUUAUUCUGUUAUUUUUGAAGUUUUUUCCAGUUACACAAGUGACACAAACAGGCUUAAAGAUUUUAUGUACGGAAAAAAUAUCAAAAUUAUUCAACCAAAUUUAUUUCAAGAUGUGGAAUAUUCAAACAAAAUGUAAUAUUUUUUGUGAAACUAACCUGUAUCUUAACUGGACAUUUUAUCACUUUUAUUUGGUUUUCAGUCGGGAUCAGUCCAUGUCAAGUUUUAUUUUCAGUUCUAUCGAUCUACAGAGCACACGUGGCCUGUAGGUGGCGCUGUGGCAAAGGAAAGAGCUCCUGUUAAUGUUUUAUUACGGUGCAUUUUAGUCAGACCAAAUGGGAAGUUCACAGUAAAAAUUCGAAUGAAAAUGAAGUACGUAUCCCAUGAUCCUUUGCAGUGUUUUCAUUUAAGGCAACGUGAUGAAAUUGGUUUUACGUUUUUGUUUAUAUUUCGUGACAUUUGACUGUUACUGAUGUCCUCUCCGACGCAAAACUCGCCACUGAGAAUAGUUGGAAUCGUUGGAACAGUGGCAGAGUGGUUAGCGUUGGAGUCUCAGUCCACUGACUCAUAAUUGUUCAUUUUCAACUUCUCAAAAGACAAAAAAAAAAAGCGUAUUAGCCCUGCAAAACUAUCAAACGUAAGAAAUAAAAUGAAAAUCUGAAUUCUAAUCAGUAUUAUUUCACGAACUUAUCAGGGGCUCUGAAAAACACUGAAACUGUCAACUUGGUUCAUUAUCGGUGGUUAAUCGAACGGCUUCCAUAAUUUUGUAGAGUCGCACGAUCGAUCAAAGGUUUGGACACAUUUUUUCAUUGAAUGUUCGAAUUUUUUAAUUUUAUUUUUAUGAUUAUUUACAUUUUAGAUUCUGUAAACAAAAAAGUGCAAUAAGUCCAAAUGUGUUUUAUAAUUUAGAGUCUUUCUGGUUUGCAGCGAUGUCAACAAAGCAAAGGAUGAAUAUUUUGAGGAGCGAUUGAAGAAGUUCUCAAUUUUGUUAAAUAAAAGUACAGAUACUGGAGUAAAACUGAAGUAAAAGUAAAAGUACCACUUGAAAAAAUCUACUUAAAGGUGCAUUGUGUCAAAUGCUUUUCUGCAUGGAGAUGUUAUUGUUUUGUCUGGAAUGUUCCACAGUAUGACAUUAAACCUUUCUAUCUUCAUGGAGACCAAACCAGACCACAUUUGAAGCAGAGAAAUGACAUCUCCAUGGAAACAAGCAGCGACGGACCCUCCACCCGAGAAGUUACACAAUGCACCUUUAAUGAAGAAGCGCAUUGAGAGAAGGUUUAAUGAGCUCAAAUAUAAAAUAGAUUUAGUGUUCAGUACAAAGAUGGUUUCAACUGUGUCAUCUGGAAACUGAAGUAAAAGUACAAAUACCAGAGCAAAAUUGUACUACAGUAAAAGUAUCACAUGAAAAAAAAAACUUAAACUUAAAUAAAAGCAUUUAAAGUACCCGUUUAAAAAUGCACUUAAAGAGCAAAAAGUAAAAGUAUUUAUGUGCACAUUUUGAGGUUUCAAAUGUGUUGUUUUUUGUUGUAUUUUUUUCAGGAAAAAACAAAUGAAUUGGGAUUUUUUUUUUUUUUUUCUAGCUGUUUUGCUCAAAUUAUGAAUAUGUUAAAAUUAAACCCUCAGCCUUUUCAGCAGGUCUCAGACAAUAAUAAAAAAUACUUUUACUUUUCAGUCCAUUUCAAUAAUGCAGUGAAGUAGAAAGUUAUCUGCUCUCAAAAGUAGUGAAGUAAAAGUAGUAUUUUACGUAAAGCUGCGUUGUGGAGGAUCUACCAAAAGCUUUUCUCACUUGUCUUGUUUUUUUAGGUAUGUUUGAGUUAUAAAACCACCUGUAACUGAAUAAAUGUCAAGUAGAAUUUAAAGUCAUACUGUGGAACAUCCUGGUACAGCAGUGACGUAUCCAUAGAAACAAGCAGAGGUGGGACUUGAAAGACGUGACUUGGACUCGAGUCAGACUUGAGUCACUAUUUUUAGAACUUGAGACUUGACUUGAUAAAAUGGACUAAGACUUGGGACUCGACUUGGACUUGAAGGUCAGUGACUUGGGACUUGAAGCCUGUGACUUGAGAAGCACUUUUAAAUCUGAAUUAGCGUAAUGAUUCACACUAAGAUCUUGUCAUUUAAAAAAAAUAAUAAUAAUAAUUAAAUUAAAUAACAAAAAUAAAAUAAAAAUAAAAUAAAAUAACUUAAAAAUUCAUGGUAUAUUUAUAUAUGAGUAUUUAAAGAGUAUGUAAGAGUUAAGUAAUUUUAUUUUUAAGUACAAUUUAGUUUAAAAUUCAUAUAAAUUGCAAAAAUCUAAACUAUAUUUGGUACUUUUGGUUUGGCUUAAAGACUUGAAAUGACUUGAAGCUCAAAGCAGACGACUUGGACUUGACUUGGACUUAUGGGGCCAGAGACUCGAGACUCGACUUGGACUUGUCUGUAUUUGACUUGGGACUUGACUCAGACUUGAGGUCAAAGACUUGAGAUUUACUUAAGACUUGCAAAACAAUGACUCGGUCUCACCUCUGGAAAAAAGCAGGAGACAGACCCCAAAAUCCUCCAGCCCUGCACUGGUAUCGGUGAAUAUCGGAUAUCGGCAGACGCUUAAAGCCUCAGUAUAACGAUUAAAAUUGGGACUAAAAAAGCUGCUUUAGUUGAAACCAUCUCUACAUUUUGAACUUCUCCUGGACAAAUGAAGGAUUACACGUGUCACAUUUAGAGUAUUUAACUUAUUUUUGACUUAGACUCGUACGUUCACACAUCUCGCUUCACAUAUUUGACGUCUUCACUUUGUUUUUACGUUUCCGAAAAGGUGUGUCCAAACUUUUUCCUGGUCGUGUUAAUCGUUUCUGAGUUUCUUUCUUUUUUAAAUGUUGUGUUAAAUGUGAUGUGGAGGCUGGAGACGUGAGUUGUUUUGUGUUUUUGUGGCGGUGGAGCUGCUGGACUGUUGCGUUUGGGUGAAUGUUGGAGACACUCGUUUGUGUGGAUGGACUCAAAAUCCUGUCUUCUAUAAUAACCUUUAAAUAAAACAUUAUCGAUCCAUUUCUGCAACUCAAUAAACACAUUUGUAUUAGACACUUA